AAUGGCGAGGAGGUCUUCGUGGUUUGCGGUAGCCCUCGUGUUGGCUCUGCUAUUUGUCACGAGUCACUGCUUGCGUGGACCUGCCACUCGUGAUGAAACCCGAGACACGACUUUGCGAAGUCGAGGAGUUUCUCGAUUCAGUACCAAGGCCGCAGAAGGACUCGAGACCACCCCCGAGCCUUUCACCAGCACAACUAGGUCACUACGUCGGGGUACCAAAAUCACGAAUCGUGCGAACGCUUCCAUUAAUCAACGAUCGAUGCUUGAAACAACUGAAAAAAGUAACACAAUUACUGAAGGAGUUACGCAAAACCUGGGACGGCGAAAACCGUUUAGAGGUGACUUAUCUAGAGCAGCUAGUGAGGACCGACGAUACUUGCCUGAGCCUUCAGCUAACAACAGAAAUGAAGAAUUACUUCUGGAAGCUCCCGAUGUGACGCAAGCAAGCAGUAGAAGUCAAAGAAAUUUUCCAGCGCGAAAUUCGCGAGCUGAAUUUCAGAGACGGAGCGAUUCUGUUGACCCGAUUGACGAUUCUACUGAAAUGCCGAGGUCUAGAAGUGGAAGAAAAAUACGACCGACAGCACAGACAGAUUUCAAAGACUCUAGCAGAUUUUCUUCGCAAUCUGGCAGAGUUGUUAAGAGUGAUGUAAGACGUAGCACUGAAAGAAACUUUAGGAGACACGAUAGCGAUUUAUCAAAUUCCAAUCAAGUUAAUGUCGGGAUUCCUUUUUCAACUGAGGUUCCAACUCUUUCAACCACGGCGUCAAAAAGUAGAAAAGCUCAUGGAAGAACAAGAAGUCUCGUAAAUGAUAAAAGUGAAACUUUGCCAAAUCUUGGGCGCGGAAGCAAAAGAAUUACUAGUAAAAAAGUUGAUGGAAUUGAUGGGAAUUCACUUGACGAAUUUGAGGAUUCGAAACGUAACCCGGAAGAAAUAAAGCCCCGAAAAUCUUCAAAAAGUUUGGAGUCAACUUCUGGGUCGGGUAGGCGAAGUCGUGGGCGAAGUCCAGAGCCAAGAAGUGAAACGUCUGACAAGUUUCAAGUAGAAGCGCGGUCUCGUGAUGUUGCGUCAGAUAAAAAUAAACUGGAUCGACGCGGAAGAAUUUCCGAUAAAAAAAAUAAUAGCGUGAAGGAAUCAGGGUCUGAGUCUUCUCCAAGGGUCACUAAAGAUGUCACUAUUUCUCGUCAAACGCGCUCGAUAGAGCCCACAGACCUACUGGGCAAACAUUCUGAGGUCAAUGAUUCUCCGGAAGGUACAAAUUCCUCGGCGACCCCAUUUGCGAAGCUGGAAAGUUACAAGGCAAAUGAACGUAUUAAAGUUUCUAUUACCACUUAUUUUACACUGAGAAAAAAAACUUAUAUUUCACAUGACGCUCAACGCGCUCUAAAGUAUCUUCACAGUCGUGUCUACUUGCUACGUGAACUUCAAGCUUACUACUCUGGAGUGGUUAGUUUAAGAGCAUUAAUUGCUGCGAUACCCGGACCUAGAGAAGGGACUAACGGUGAAGAAAUAUUUUUGGCUGGACCACCUAAUGUCAAUCAAAAGGAUAACACCAUACCUCAUAACUGGCAUUUCAUAAUUGGAUCGUUGAGCAAAAUUCAAGGCGAAGAUGUUAUGACGGCUCUACUAGAAAUAGAACAAAUGUCAUCACGAAAGCCUUCGAUAUUUGAUUACGUAACUGAUAGUCUAACUGAAUUAUUGGUGUCACCGCAAGGAAAUAUAAGAAGUCUAGCUCAUUCAUUACUUGCAAAAGCACUUAAACAUAAACCAACACUCAAUCUUACGAUAUUAUCAGCAUUCCAACGAUGCCUUGACAGUCCUAGGUCUGAUGUAUUAAUGUCAGCACUUGAUAGACUUCCUGAUGUUGUUCUCUGCAUGCAAGAGCAUGCAUUGCCUCUGUUGCAA